AUUUAGAUGCACACGUGUGAAUACAUUUCUUGAAAAUAAUAACAAUUAAAACCUAUCUAUAAAAUGGAUGCUAUUAGAAAGGGUUGGUUUAGUGAAUUGAGUCCGUUAUGGCCAGGACAGUGUCUGUCCUUGGAAAUUGAAGAGGUUCUUUACCAUGAGAAAUCAAAAUACCAAGAUAUCUUGGUCUUUAAGAGUAAAACUUAUGGUAAUGUUUUAGUACUUGAUGGUGUUAUCCAGGUCACUGAAAGAGAUGAACAUUCCUAUCAAGAGAUGUUAGCUCACAUUCCAAUGUUCUCACAUCCUAAUCCUAAACAGGUGUUAAUAAUUGGUGGAGGGGAUGGAGGAGUAGCUAGAGAAGUUUUAAAACAUCCACAAGUACUAACAGUAGACAUGUGUGAAAUAGAUGAGAAAGUGCCAGAAGUUAGUAAGAAAUACCUGCCAAAAUUAGCCAGUAGUUUUGCCGACCCUAAAUUUACAUUACAUGUUCAAGAUGGUUUUGAAUUCUUAAAGUCCCAUGAAGGAACGUAUGAUGUUAUUAUAACUGAUUCUAGUGACCCUAUUGGACCAGCUUCUUCUUUGUUUGAGAAAUCCUACUAUGACUUGAUGUCUAAGUCUUUAAAAGAUGGUGGUGUUUUAGCUAGUCAAGGUGAAUGUUUGUGGCUACAUUUAGAUUUGAUAAAGGAGAUGUUAGAAUUCUGUAAAACUAUCUAUCCUAUAACAGACUAUUGUUAUACCACUAUACCAACCUAUCCUAGUGGACAGAUAGGAUUUAUAUUAUGUAGCAAAGACAAGGCAAAUUUUAGGAAACCUGUUAGAUGUAUUAGUCAACAAGAAGUAGAUGAUAUGUCUUUAAAAUACUACAAUACUGAUAUUCACAAAGCAUCCUUUAUUUUACCAGAAUUUGUAAGAAAGGUAAUAUUAUAA